AUGUCGCGUGCCCUCCUAUCCACCCUGCGAACGCCUCUGCGUCUCACAAACAAGACGUCUAGGCUGCCAUCGCUCUCGCUCUCGCCGUCGCCUCUCUUACCCAUCCCAACACGAUGGAGUUCGCACUCCCCCCUCGGCGCAGCCCUCACCCGCAAACCCGUCACAAUCGCCAGCCUCCAAUCCAUGUACCGCAAGCACGAACCCAUAACCAUGAUAACCGCCCACGACUUCCCCAGCGCCCACGUCGCCGACCACGCCGGCAUGGACAUGAUACUAGUCGGCGACAGCCUCGCCAUGGUCGCCCUAGGCAUGGAAGACACGUCUGAAAUCCUCCUCGAAGAAAUGCUACUGCAUUGUAAAUCCGUGGCGCGCGCUACUAAAGCAGCGUUUACCGUUGGUGACCUCCCCAUGGGAAGCUACGAGAUUAGCCCCCAGCAGGCUCUGACGACUGCGAUUACGAUGCUGAAAAUUGGUCGUGUGAAGGCUAUCAAGCUCGAAGGCGGCGAACAGAUGGCACCUACUAUAAGGACUAUAACGACCGCUGGUAUUCCUGUUCUCGCACAUGUAGGACUGACACCGCAACGCGCGCACGCCCUGUCUGGUUUCCGUGUCCAGGGCCGCACCGCUGCAUCUGCACUGCAAGUCCUACGCGAUGCGCGCGCCGUGCAAAACGCAGGCGCCUUUGCCGUAGUACUUGAAGCCGUCCCCGCUGAAGUAGCGGCCGUGGUGACCAAGGAGUUACGGAUACCGACGAUUGGGAUUGGGGCUGGGGCUGGGUGUUCGGGACCAGGUGCUGGUGCAGGGUGGAUAUGUUGGGGUAUAACCCCCGGGGAGGAUUGCUACUCAAGUGCUGGCGGCGUUCUAUUCUUCCUUACGUUGUUCAUCAUCAUCUACAAGAUCACCUACGAAACCAACAACUAG